AUGGCUGGAGUGCAGUGUAAAGGGUCAGGGUCCACACUGAAGAAGUGUAGAACAGAUGACGGGGCAAUUCCACGCUGUGGUCAUUAUCUAGAUGUUGGAGUCAUCUGUUCAGUGGAGAGUCAGUACUUUAGUGAGUGGGGAACAGUGUGUGGUGCAUCGUGGGAUAUCAGAGCCUCCAACGUCCUCUGUCGACAGCUGAAUUGUGGGAGUGCUGUGGCCGUAGUGGGAGUGGACUGGUUUGGGGAGGGCAGUGGCCCAAGGUUGAGCCUGUCUGCUUCAUGCUCUAAUUCAGGUCACAGGUCCCUCAGACUGGUGGGUUCUGGGAGUGAGUGUGCAGGGCGUCUGGAGGUUUUCCACAAAGGCUCAUGGGGAACAGUGUGUGAUGACUCCUGGGAUAUGAAGGACGCCCAGGUGGUGUGCAGACAGCUCCAGUGUGGAGAGGCCCUCAGUGGACCGGUUCCAGCCUGGUUUGGUCCUGGAACUGGACCCAUUUGGCUGGAUAAGGUGGACUGCCUGGGGAACGAGACGUCCCUGUGGAGCUGUCCGUCAGAGGGAUGGGGCCGACAUGACUGUGGACACAAGGAGGACGUGGGAGUGCUGUGUUCAGAGUUUAAAGAGAUCAGACUGACUGAAGGCUGCUCUGGGAACCUGGAGGUUUUUUACAAUGGAACCUGGGGUAAUGUCUGCAUGGACCAGAUGGACUCAGACACAGUGUCUUUAAUCUGCCAAGAGCUGAACUGUGGAAAGAGCGGCAGUGUGGACUCAAGCACACCAAGACUGGCUUCAGCUCCAAACUGGCUUGACCGUGUACAAUGCCGCAAACACGACAUCAGUCUGUGGAACUGUCCGUCUUCACCCUGGGGUCAGAAUGAAUGCACUGGUGUUGAAGUGGCAAAAAUCACCUGUUCAGGUAAAUUACCUUCUUCAGUUGAAAACACGAUUUGUUGUCUAGACCAUCUACCCCUCAGACUGAUGGAGGGAGAGGGCCAGUGCUCUGGGAGGCUGGAGGUUUAUCAUGAUGGUACCUGGGGCUCAGUCUGUGAUGAUGACUGGAACAUUAGAGAUGCUCAGGUGGUGUGCAGACAGCUGGGCUGUGGGCCAGCACUGAGGGCUGAUGGGAAUGCUGCCUUUGGGCGUGGAGAGGGAGCUGUG